ACUAGAGUUCAGCACGGCAAAAAACACAGCAGGGAAUGACCCGCACUCCGACAUGGAUUCCGUUGAUCUCCUCACGAUCCCAUAGUCGACAUUCCCUAGUUUGGCGUUCUCGACGUCUGCGAAAUCGUUGUGUCGUGGUGUGUUUGCAUGGACAGGGCAGUUGGUCCAGCCGCAGAAGCGGUGGUCUUUGCUUGGUUGAUCGCAUUCACAUCAACCUCCGCAUUCGCAGGACGGCCCAGCAGCUCGGCGACCACCUGAUGGACAACACAAGGACUCCCUCGUGCGGCAUUCCUGACCGCAGUCUGAGAAGAGUGCGACACCUGAGCGGGGUGACGCCAUCUCUGGCAACCAGGUCCAACAAGACAGCCCGAUCGUCUGGCACGACCACUCGAUCGACAACCGCUUCCACUCGAUGCAGAACGAAGUCCAAUGUGGUGGGCUCUGGCGCUCGGACGUAGGCAGGGGGACUUGUCUCUCAUAGUCUGUGACUUGCUGUAUGCUUCUCGACGGAAAUGGGAUCGGGGGCUCAGCGGAGAGCAUGGAUUUGGAGCUGGAUGAGUGCGGGUUUAUCUUCGGCGCCAAACGCCAUCGGAAAGCCAGCUGGUGUUGCGAUGACCUCUCUGUCGCUUCAUUGACCUAACUGGAUCCGAAUCAUACACGAGCGCAAAAGGAUUGAGGCGAUUUGUAUUCGACAAUAUUGGCCAGGAUCGCCCUCCUCUUCAAGCAGAGUCCCACGUUGGCGAAGAGCCAUGUAGAAGAUGAGAGCCUAUUGACAUUGGCACUUGCCUUGUCUCCACAGAAUUUGUGGCCGUCCAGAGUUUUCCGUCGGCCGGCGGUCAUGGCUGAAUGCGGCUCCCAGUC